AUGGGCUUACCAAUUAACCAAAAUAGAUUAUGUGAAGGAAGUGAAACUCAACAAAAACUUCAAGAAUUUUAUGCAAGAGAAAAUGGAAGAAAUGCAACAUUAAAGAGACACAGUACAAACCAUAGCCAUUUAAACUUAGAUAUCGAUGAAGAUUUAAACGAUUACGAUAAUGAUGAAGUUAAUAACGAUUUUCAACAGGUUAAUUAUGGUAGACAAAGAAAACAAUUUGUAAAUAGAAAUGAAAGAGAUGAAAGAAUUAUAGUGAGAACAAUUACAAAUUCAAAUAUGAAUAUGAAUAGUAACAAUAAUCGCUCCCAACAACAAAAUCUCCAUCGUCAACAACAAAAAUCAAAUAAUAACAAUAAUGCUAAUAAUAAUAAUAAUAAUCAAACGAUAACAAUCUCAUCACAAGCUUUAAAAUAUGCAGCAGAAAAUCAUUUACAGCCUAUUAGAAUUGAAUAUAAAGAUGGAGAUUUAAAUGGAGUAACGAAACAAAUUGAUCUGUAUGUAUAUCUGUGUGAUUUAAAGCGUUAUCCAAAUGAAGUUGAUAAAAUAAAACUCACUCCUCACCCAUCGAGACAUCUGCCACCGCAAAGAUCAACGUUAUUAAAGUGGGUAAAAAAUUCCGUCUCAUUGAAUGAAGUAAAAGAAGAAUUUGAAAGUAAAUUUAAGUCCAUAUACUCAGUUGAGGAUAUCAUUGGUACAAAAAACAAUCGAAAUCGUCAUAUCCGUAUUGAUUUCUCCGAUGAAAGAGAAUACAUCGAUGUUCUAAAUAGUGGAAAAAUAUCAUUACUUGGUCAAUUAUACGAUAUUGACGAGUACUUACCAGCUCCGAAAUUAUUGUUCGUUCAAAAUGUAAUAAGCCAGGCCACAUUAAAAAAGUAUGUGUCAAUUCUCCUUUUGAAAUCUGUAGACGAUGUGGUGGGGACCGGAAUGAUGAAAAAGACCAUAAAGCUUGCGAUGUUAAAUGUCACCAUUGCGAUGGAAACCAUACAUCUACUGAUUAUAGUUGAAACGGAGAAAACACAAACGUUUUGGAAAAUAAAUCAGCAAAAUUCAACAGCAGUUAAAAAAGCAGUGGCAACACCUUCAACGAAAUUUCAAUUAUAA